AUGACGCUAAACAAUAUCAUAUCCAGAACGGAAAUGGACGAGGGCAUUCCUGGUUUUUACAAGGACAAGGUGGUGUUCCUUACAGGCGCCACCGGGUUUCUGGGAAAAGUGAUAAUUGAGAAGCUCUUGCGAACGACGGAGGUAAAACGUAUUUACUCCAUGAUCAGACCCAAAAGGGGGAAGGAUAUUCAGGAGCGUCUCGCCAUUUGGGAGAAGGACCCACUUUUUGAAGUCCUGCUGAAGCUGAAGCCAGAUGCACUGAAGCGAAUCUCCGUCAUCGCAGGGGACUGUCUGGACCCCGACCUGGGCAUCAAUAUGUCGGAUCGCAAGCUCCUAGCUUCUGAGGUGCAGAUAGUGAUCCAUGGAGCAGCCACGGUGCGCUUUAAUGAGCCACUUCACGUGGCCCUGGCCAUCAAUACACGUGCCACGAGGCUGAUGCUCCACUUGGCCAAGGAGAUGAAACACCUGGAGGCCUAUUUGCACAUCUCAACGGCGUUCUCCAACUGCGUUAUUUUUCGCAUCGAGGAGAGAUUCUAUCCCGAACACCUAACCUGCGACUCGGACUCGGUUCUGACCAUGAGUAAGCUACUGAGUGAGCAAAUGAUGGACAACCUGGCACCCACUCUGGUUGGAGACUUUCCCAAUACCUACACCUACACCAAAGCUCUGGCGGAGGAUGUAAUCCUAAGGGAGUCCGGCGAUCUUCCAGUGAGUGUCUUCCGACCAUCAGUCAUCAUUGCCACCCACGAGGAGCCGGUUACCGGUUGGAUAGACAACCUGUACGGACCCAUUGCUCUUAUCUACGGCGUGGGCCAUGGAGUCCUCCGCCUGACCACCUUCGACAAAGAUGGUUACGCCAACAUGGUGCCAGUGGACUACUGUGCGAAUGUGGCUUUAGCUAGUAUAUGGCAGACAUCCAAAGAGAAAUCCCAGCGAGAAACCAGAUCCCAACCCCCCAUCUACACCUUGGCUCCCAGUGAAAGAAACCAACUGGUAAACCGUGACUUUUUGAAGCACUCCCUGAGCGUGCGGACAGACUUCCCACUGCCCAAGAUGAUAUGGUAUCCGUUUCUGCACUGCAUUUCCAAUCGGCGACUCUUCCCUCUAGCCGCCUUCUUUUACCACACUCUACCUGGCUACUUCUUCGAUAUAGCCCUGAGACUCAUGGGAAGAAAGCCUCGUCUGGUGAAGCUGUACAGAAGCGUACAUGCCAACAUGGCGAUACUAGAGCACUUCUUCCACAACACUUGGCACUUUGAGACGAAGAGCACAGACCGGUUGAGAGUGUUGAUGUCUCCGGAGGAUCGGCGGAUGUACAACUUCGAUAUGGAGGCUUUGGACUGGGGAAAGUACUUCCGGAAGGCCCUCUUCGGCAUGCGACUUUACCUGGCCAAGGAACCUCCAACUAAGGAAUCCCUCGAACAGGGUCGGCGAAUGCUCUAUCGAUUGAAGUUCCUGCACUACAGCCUUAUGACCUUACUGUGCGCCAUUGCUGUCUUCCUGUUGUGGAACCUUGUCAGGUUGUUCAUUUAAACUGCUGGGCUCAUUCAACGCUCGAACUAAGAAAAACCUUGGGUGUUCAUUAAAUAGACUGUAGUUUGUAGUUUAAGGCAAUACAAGGACAACCUAAAUUUUCAUCAUAUA